AGCCCUGCCUGAAGGAGGGAGGUGUUAGUGGGACCGAGAGGACCUUUUAGUUAGCCGGGGACAGAGUGGCCGGCUCACCAUGGAACCCGUGACCAAGUGGAGCCCCAAGCAAGUGGUGGAUUGGACUAAAGGGUUGGAUGAUUGCCUCCAGCAGUAUGUCCACAAAUUUGAACGGGAAAAAAUAAAUGGUGAACAGCUCUUGCAAAUUUCCCACCAGGAUCUUGAGGAACUGGGUGUCACGCGAAUUGGACACCAGGAACUUGUCUUGGAAGCUGUGGAUCUUCUGUGUGCAUUGAAUUAUGGCCUUGAAACAGAUAAUAUGAAGAACCUGGUUCUGAAACUACGGGCCUCUUCCAAUAAUUUACAGAAUUAUAUCAGUAGCCGGCGGAAAAGUCCGUCUUAUGAUGGAAAUUCCUCCCGUAAACCUCCUAAUGAAUUUCUGACCUCGGUGGUGGAGCUCAUUGGUGCUGCUAAAGCUUUGCUGGCCUGGCUGGAUAGGACUCCAUUUACAGGGAUCACUGACUUCUCAGUGACAAAGAAUAAAAUCAUUCAGCUCUGCUUGGAUCUGACCACCUCAGUUCAGAAGGACUGUCCUGUGGCUGAAAUGGAGGAUAAAGUUGUAAGUGUUUCCAAGGUCCUGAAUAGUAUUUGUGAUAAGACCAUCAGAUCAACUACAGAUCCGGUCAUGAGCCAGUGUGCAUGCCUGGAGGAAGUUCAUUUACCCAAUGUUAAACCUGGAGAAGGCCUGGGCAUGUACAUCAAAUCGACCUAUGACGGACUGCAUGUGAUCACUGGGACAACAGAAAAUUCUCCUGCUGAUAGAUCUCAGAGGAUUCAUGCUGGUGAUGAGGUGAUUCAAGUUAAUAAGCAGACUGUGGUGGGAUGGCAACUAAAAAAUCUGGUGCGGAAAUUGCGAGAGAAUCCUACGGGAGUCGUGCUGCUCCUCAAGAAACGCCCCACAGGUUCUUUCAACUUUACCCCUGCUCCACUGAAAAAUCUACGAUGGAAGCCACCCCUCGUUCAGACCUCUCCUCCACCUCCUACCACCCAGUCCCCAGAAAGUACCAUAGACACCUCACUGAAGAAAGAGAAAUCAGCCAUUCUGGAUCUUUAUAUCCCUCCUCCCCCAGCUGUCCCCUACUCUCCAAGGGAUGAGAAGGGGAGUUUUGUUUACGGCGGCCUCAGUAAAUGUAAACAGCCAUUGCCAGGUUCGAAGGGCUCGGAAUCCCCCAAUUCCUUCUUAGACCAGGAGAGUCGAAGGCGAAGAUUUACUAUCGCUGAUUCAGAUCAGUUGCCUGGCUAUUCGGUGGAAGCAAAUGUUCUACCCACAAAGAUGAGAGAGAAAACACAGUCUUAUGGGAAACCCCGGCCCUUGUCAAUGCCUGCAGAUGGGAGCUGGAUGGGAAUUGUGGACCCAUAUGCCAGACCCCGAGGACAUGGAAGAAAAGGUGAAGAUGCCCUAUGCAGAUAUUUCAGUAAUGAGAGGAUACCCCCAAUCAUUGAAGAAAACUCCUCCUCAAGGCACCGUUUUUCCCGACCUACGACUGACAGACAUCUAGUCCGGGGUGCAGACUACAUACGAGGCAGCAGGUGCUACCUCAAUUCAGAUCUUCACAACAGUGCCACCAUUCCCUUUCAGGAGGAAGGGAGCAAAAAGAACUCAGUUUCAUCAUCCAAAAAAUCCUCUUCCACAGAACCAUCACUACUGGUCAGCUGGAUCACUAGGCUUAAAUUGUUGACUCACUGAGAUUUGCCUUUCUCCUGGACUCCAUCACCAUCUUCUGUUACUAAGUGCCUUCGUUUGUCAGCUGACCUCUUUGUACUUCGACCUACAGUAUUAUGUAGUGACCUUCUUGUUUAUUUUAUUUUGUUUUAAUUUUAUUUUAUUUUGAAAGCAAGUUUUGGAAUAAUUGGACAAGAAUGAAUUUGGUAGGUGUAAUGGUGGUGGGAAGAAGAGGAGGAGAAAAUACAAUUCAGAAAUAUAUCACCUUGGAGCAAGAAGAUUUUUGGUUAGCAGCUGGAGACAACUCUGAACUGAAAAUCAGCCUGAUAUUUGGAUACAGGAAGAAAUAAGGGGACUGUAUUGGUGUGUGGCACCACUUGUACUUAUUUUUUUGUGACUAUAAUGAUGGGAGACCCUACGGUCAUGUAGAUAUUAUUGUGGUUGUGGGGGUUAGCUCCAUGGCUUGAAACAGCCAGUGGGGUAAACACCAUGUUCUUUGUGGGAAAAGCUGUGUUCUACAGUUGAAUAGUAUACCAGCUUUGACUUGGAAACUUCAAGUCUGGGAAAUGUUUUGUUGUUGUUGUUGUUGUUUUCAUUGAAAGCAGAGGAUAAUGUUGGGGAAUUUGUUACGCUUGAUCAUUCCCCUUUUGGUGGAAAUUUCAUUGUAGGUCAUUUAAUUCUGGCACAUACAAGCACCCAUUAGAUAUGGUUUACUACACAUGCAAGACAUGCAUCAUGCCGUUUUUUGGUCAUAUUAACACAUACUGUCUUUAAAAGGAGAAAAAAAAAGCUAUAAGAUUGAUGUGCUGGUAACCAAAGCAUCUUUCAGAAAAAUAAAGCAACCAGUCUUUAGGCUUAUGAGUGACUCAGCAGUUUGCAUUUUGAACUGUUAAGUGUCUAUAUCCUAGGAAAGAAUCCUUUAUCAAAUUUUUGCUAUUCAUACCAUGGAAAUUCUAAUGGUCAAUAAUUUUCAAGUAGCAUCUGGUAUUUUGGGGGGGGGAAGUCAUAAAAGUGUUAGGAUAUAAAUUGUGUUUAAAUGAAUGUAUGAUAUUUUAUUAGAAGGAAAAAGUCUUAUCGUGUUAAUUUAAGUGUUUAAAUAUAGUUGUAUAUUUUUCUUACUCUUAACAAAUGUGUAGUUGGUAUGUUUCUAUCACUGCGCCAUUUAUAAAUUAGCCAAAGCAACAGAGUAAAACUUCAUUAAUAAAGGCAGAUUUUUUGACUCCCAAGAGUUCUCACAGUGGUUCAUUUCUGUGAGAAUUCUUGGUGGAGAGUGGGAUGGAGAGAAGUAAUCAUCAUGGUGGUUUUUAAAAAAAACAACACAAAAACAUGGGCACCCACCUUUUUCUAGGCCUUUUUCACAACCAAAAGUGAUACUAAAAUGUUUGUACUUAGGAAUCUUUUACCUUUUUGUUUAACCAUUUUGUGUGU